AUGCUGAUGGGGGAUGUCUCGACUACACUAACUGAGUCUACUACAUCAGUCGUUCCUACGAAAUCUCAACGUCUACGUAGCCGAAUACAAUUUGCGAGCCUUUGUUGGACCCUGUAUGUUACUGGUUGGAAUGACGGUUCGAGUGGUCCGUUGCUCCCACGGAUACAAAAGGUCUAUAAUGUCGGGUUUACUACGGUGUCUCUCAUCUUUGUCUUCGCGUGUAUUGGAUUUUUAAUUGGAGCAACUACCAACGUCAUAUUAACUGAUAAACUAGGCUUUGGGAAGGUUAUCGUGAUAGGUGCUGCAUUGCAAGUCAUUGCCUAUAGUUUAGAGGCUUCAGCUCCUCCUUUCCCUGUCUUCAUUCUAGGCUAUGGUAUCAAUGGAAUGGGAAUGGCAUAUGAGAAUGCUCAAUCAGUUGGUUAUGUAGCUAGCUUCAAGAAGAAUGCAGAAGCAAAAAUGGGAUUGUUGAUGGCUGCAUAUGGAGCGGGAGCAUUUUCGUCACCUUUGGUCGCAACGCAUUUUUCGCAGCUUCCGCACUGGUCGUUCCACUACCUGUGCUCUUUGGGAAUUGCUCUGUCUAAUACUAUCAUAUUAACGCUCGUUUUUGGUCUGAAGAACCAAGAUGAAUGCCUUGCACAGAUAGGUCUAGCGGCGAUGGAGACAGGCACGAGUCAAGAUAGUAAAUUCCGGCAGAUUUUUGCCUUGAGAGACGUCCACCUCCUUGCUUCUUUCAUCCUAGUGUAUGUUGGUGCCGAAGUGACUGUAGGAGGGUGGAUUGUCACAUACGUAAUUGACGUGAGAGGUGGAGGUCCCUCAUCUGGAUACAUAUCUUCCGGAUUCUUUGGUGGGCUCAUGAUUGGCAGAGUAGCUCUAUUAUGGGUGAAUCGCAAAGUUGGUGAACGCCGUGUAAUGUACAUUUACGCUGUAGUAGCCAUAGGCUUGGAAUUCGUGGUCUGGUUCGUUCCCUCCCUGGUCGGCGGAGCGGUUUCUGUGGCAAUCAUAGGCGUCUUCCUGGGUCCAAUGUACCCCAUUGCGAUGAAUCAAGCUGGGCGCAUUUUGCCUCGUUGGCUCCUGACAGGCUGCAUAGGAUGGAUAGCUGGUUUUGGUCAAGCAGGGUCUGCUAUUUUACCAUUCAUGACCGGAAGUAUUGCAUCUCGAGCAGGGAUAACAAGUUUGCAACCACUCUUGGUCGCAAUGAUGGGAUUGAUGACUAUAUUAUGGGCAUUAGUGCCCAGGAACCCGCGUAAGGUGGACUGAAAAACAAGACCCAUUCCGCUAGUCACAAAUAUAGUAUGGACUGAGAUUCUUCACGAUCCAAUUGUAAUGUUGGAUAACAGAACUCCCCAAUAUAUAUGUAUAUAUAUAUAUAUCAUUAGAUGACACAGCGAAUAGACAAACAUCUUUCGUGAGCACAUAAGGACUGUCACCGUUUUCGCCUAGAGCUAUUACUCUUGGAAGUACUUGAAAUGCCUGCUGUCGUAGAUGCUCUCAUGCUUUUCCUGGGCUUGGUGGGCUUUGGAGGAGACAGAGGCUCCGGAGAUGAUGAGGCAACAGAGGAUGCAACAGAUAAUCUACUAGACCGUCGGGGCCGCGAGGUGGUCUCUCCCUCGAUAUCUUUUUUGGACGUCCGACCCUUGCGAGCGGGUCGUCUGCUUACAGGUGAAGGUGGUAACGGUGCGACUUCAUCCGCCUCUUCUUCCUCCGUCAUCAGAGAGCCAGGUAUACUGCUUUUUAAAUCAACUUCCUCCUUCGGAACCCGAUUUCUCCUUUCACGUGUGCGUUGUGUUGAUGGUGCUGGAUGUACAACUGGGUUACGAGGGACACCGUUCCUUUGAGAAGAAGCCUCUGGUUCGCUAUCUUCCUCCUCCAUGAACGCACCAGGAACCGUAUUACUCUUGACCUCUCUUGGUCGCGUGGGCUGACGUUCAUCUGACCGGCUCGCGUUACCGAAGACAGAGAAGGACAGCUCUGCAGGUGCAGCUUCCUCUAUCUCAUCCUCCUCCUCCUGAGGUACAGAUUUUCCUGAUAAGACAGCAUUUUCCUCUUCUGAUUCCAUGUCUAUAUCGAAAGGGUGCGUUUCUGCAGGUUUAGAGCUGGGUUUUGGCAUAGAGCUUGAAACUUGGCGAUCACGAUCGAAAGUCCGUUUGACACCAGCAUUAACUGGGGGUUUAUAGAAGGCAUUAGGAGUUUGGUUGGCACUGCCAGAUUUUUCAAAGAGAGAGCUGGUAGGAUGAACACCAUUAACAGCAUUUUUGCCGGAUAUGGACUUUUGAAAUGCUCCAUGAGUUAUUUGUAAGCCAGAUGGACCGACGAGCGGAGCGGUCGAUUGUGCAUUAACAGACGAUG